CCCCCGGGGGCGGGGUGAGGCCGGAGCGAGGCGGGCAGGCUCAGUGAGGCCGAGGCGGCGGGGGAAGAUGGCGGCGGUCGUGCCACAGCGGGCGUGGACCGUGGAGCAGCUGCGCAGCGAGCAGCUGCCCAAGAAGGACAUUAUCAAGUUUCUGCAGGACCACGGCUCAGAUUCGUUUCUUGCAGAACAUAAAUUAUUAGGAAACAUUAAAAAUGUGGCCAAGACUGCCAACAAGGACCAUUUGGUUGCAGCAUAUAACCAUCUUUUUGAGACUAAGCGUUUCAAGGGUACCGAAAGCAUAAGUAAAGUGUCUGAGCAAGUGAAAAAUGUGAAGCUUAGUGAAGAUAAACCCAAAGAAACCAAAUCUGAAGAGACUCUGGAUGAGGGGCCACCAAAAUAUACAAAAUCUGUUCUCAAAAAGGGAGAUAAAACUAACUUUCCCAAAAAGGGCGAUGUUGUUCACUGCUGGUAUACAGGAACAUUACAGGAUGGGACUGUUUUUGAUACUAAUAUUCAAACGAGUUCAAAGAAGAAGAAAAAUGCCAAGCCUUUAAGUUUUAAGGUUGGAGUAGGCAAAGUUAUCAGAGGCUGGGAUGAAGCACUCUUGACCAUGAGUAAAGGAGAAAAGGCUCGACUGGAGAUUGAACCAGAAUGGGCUUAUGGAAAGAAAGGACAGCCUGAUGCCAAAAUUCCACCAAAUGCAAAACUCAUUUUUGAAGUGGAAUUAGUAGAUAUUGAUUGAAACAAUAGUGCUUAGCUCUAAAGACAUCAGCAACAAUGAUAAAACUUGGCCUUGAAGAAACUUACAUAACUAAUUAAGCCUUGUUACUAUUGUUAAGGGAAGCGUCAACUGGAAAAUUCAAGGAGUUAAGUUAAAACUUGUUUACUUGAUCCCAACAUUUGAGAAGUGUAAUCACUUACAAAGCCCUGAAGUCUAAAAUAUUUUACUACAGCUGUGUAAAAUAUUGGUCAAAGAGAACUUUUUCCUUUUACCUCAUGUUGUAAAAUAAAAGGUUCGAUAAAAGUGUA